UGAACUAUAGAGAAAUUCCCCGGUCACAAGCCAUACUCAAGCACCUUGUAUUGUGUCACAGAUUGUGUCAAAGUCCGACUGACGUAAAUCAUUUUAUCCACGCAUUUUAACCAUCUAGUUGGUACGUUUACCUCUUAAUUUUGGGCCUUAUAUUAUGGAGAACUUCGUGGCGUAUUUGGCUUCAAAAAGGUAACAUUGGAUUGGACAAAAAAUCGCAAAAAUGCCUAUGAAACUUGGACAAAAGUGUACCGAACAUAUUCAAUCUCAAGCGAAGAAAUGCCUAGGGGAAACGACAAAAUUCGAUCAAGUUAUUGGCGGUGUAAAGCGAUGCUCUUGUCUCCAAGAACAUAAAUGCAUGCACGUAUCUGCAUCUGUGCUACUUCUUUUAGUUUUGACAGCAGUUUUGGUGAUAUUUUGUCGCGAUCACUUGAAAGACAUUAUUGAAUGGGUACAAAACUUGCAACAAUGGCAAGGGGCUUUAUUGUUUAUCGUUAUGUUCACUUUAGUGUCAUUUCCAAUGGCUUGGGGAUACAUUAUACUCAACGUAGCUGCUGGAUAUCUAUACGGUUUCUGUAUGGGUCUACUUGUCGUUGUCGUUUCAGUGUUUAUAGGGAUUUUUAUAUCGUUUGAAAUCUGUCGCUUGUGUCUAAGAGAUUUUGUACAGAAACGGUUGGAAUCUGAAAAUUUGUUAGCCGUAGUAAGAGUUGUAGAGGGUAGGAAAGGAUUUCGAGUGAUAGCACUGUCAAGACUAACUCCUUUGCCGUUUGGAUUGCAAAACGGACUUUUUGCAGUGAGUAUAGAGUUUUGUUUUCUCUUCCAUCCAUUUCAAAACAAUUGCAAUUUGGUUUGCAGAUGUUUUAUUGUUUGCUUUAAUAAGAGAUCUAUAUAAACGUAACGUAGUAAAAUGGGAUGUAUCUAUAUAAAUGCUAGAUUGCUUUCAAUGAACUAGAGAUGGAAAGGAAUUCUUUCCAGAAUUGUCUGGCAUUUGUAGACAACUCCAGAACAAAAUGAGCUGUCCUAAGACGGAGUAAAAUCAUCUUGAGUUAGGCCGAGUUUAUAAAGUACUAAAUUCAGUAGCAUUGCUGAAUUAAUAUAAGGUGAUUAUAUUUCGCAAACUCCGGUCCAAAUAUAUGGGAAAACAAAUAGUAAAGCUUGCCUUUCCUGUUGUUUCUCAUAUAAUUCUGCCUUCAUUUGCUCAUAUAAUCUCAAUUACAUAUGCCAUGGAAUUUUUCUCCUAUGUUUACAUAUACUUAAGCCUCACAUACAUAUUCAAGUUGCCACGCAAAAUGCCAAAUUGACAUUUUGGGUGGGUAGGUGGGUCAAAACUAUUAUAAUUCUGUGAUGUUUUCAUCAGUGGCAAAAUGAACAUUUCCAAAAUAUCUUGCCGAAAGGUACGUCUUUCAAGGCUGAUUGGGUGGUUUAGAUAAAAACCUCAAUUUGACAUUUGAUUACAUAAAUGUGUGAUUUAUUGCCUCAUUUUCACACAGCAUAUGUAAGCAAAAAUUAAAGUGAAAUUUGCGAGUGAAUUAAGAGUCUGACAUAGGGGACAACAUGCACCUACCUAAAAUUAAAGUAAAACUUAAUAAAAAAAACACUGGUCAGCACAAAUUUCAAUUAUGUUUGACCUUUACCAAACUAUAAGCUGUAAGUGAUGAAAUUUCAACCUCCUUGACCCACUUGAAAAUUAUUUUAAAAAAUUAUUUUACAGUCUGAUUAAUUAAUUACUAGUAAUGCCUUUGUCAAAUAUUUAUAUCCAUUACAAGUCAGAACAUUUUUUAUUUUUUUGUUUUUCUAAAUGUUGUGUCCACAUUUCAUUGCAACAUAAACAAAUGUCAUAUGAAACCCACAACAGUAAUUUGAAUCCAGUUGAACUAGACCUUCAAUGACCAAGGUCAUUUGAUGCCUGAAGAAAUAUUAUAUUUCAACCCAUUUUUAUGCAAUAAUUAGUAAGAACUAAUUUAUUUUCAAAAUAAAUUGGGAUUAAUAGGUCGCAACAUCCCUACUUAAUUUUAUAUAUAUAUAUAUAUAUCGAUUAGAUAAGCAAAGAAAACAGAUAUCCGGCCAAACUUGUCAACUAGAUCUGCCAAUAAGUUCUGCCAAGUUAACAACACUAAUGGCAUUUUUUCUGCCAAGCCGGCAUUCCUUAAGCCGGCAUUCCUUAGCUAUCAGCAAAAAACAUCUCAGUUCAUACUGUUUUCAACUGCCUUUGAGUAGACACCAAGAAAAAUCCCACCCAUUUAUCAAGACUGCGCACCAAAAUAGGCAAGGACCACUUGAUAUUAAUUAAUAACUAUAUUGUAAUUUGAUGUAGUCAACAACAAAUGUUUGUAUUUAUAUUUAUUAGUUACUUGUUAAUGCAAAAUUGUAAAUUUCAAUUUACCUAUUCGAAGAACAAAUAAGGAAAGCAGGGUGGAAAGUGGUGUCCACUUGGCCACACUUCACCCACAGUGAAGCCACACCGGCAAAGGGAGCAAGGUCCAUAACGGCGGGGGCCCUUACCCUCGUCCUGAUCUUCGCAUCUCUCGGUUACUUCACCACGGGGAAGCCUGGUCCGGACACAAGUUUCAAUGUCCAUAACUGUGAGGGCCCUUACUCUCACCCUGAUGUUUCUCCAGCUUUUCUGGGGCACUUUCCGUCACCCAAUUUGGCCACAAAGGAUUUGUGUGAUUUAUUAAAGGCCCAUUUAUUAAUGGUAUAUUUAUAAAUUAUUUUUUAGAUAACAAAUAUCAGGGUUACAAAAUGUUUAGCAGCAUCAGUAAUUGGUCUGCUACCUACGCAAGCAAUGAACACUUACAUGGGCAGUACUUUGCGGUCGGUUGAAGAUGUGAUAAGCGAACAUUCUGGUAAUUAUGUUAUUCUUGUCAUACAAGUGAUGAUCACGAUAGGAUUAUCUGUAUAUGUCAUUAGGAAAGCUAGAAAAGAGCUGAACAAAGCUUGCAGAGAAAGUGAAGUUGAAAUGAUGUUGGAUCGACAAGACAUUGUCGCAAGUGCGCCAAAAUAUUUAGACUUGCCUCUUCAAAAAGAAUCGAAAGUAAAUGGUAUUGCGAAUGGUCAUGUUGCAAAUGGACAUGUGACAAAACCUGGUCACAGACGCGUGCAGUCUGCAUCAGCUAUUGUAACAAUCCGAGAAAUACAUGAAAAUGACGAAGUACAAACAGCUUGAGAUAUUCAGAAGAAUGGCUAUACAAAUAUACUGCAUUAUAUUUAGUCAAUGACAAUCUAUGAAAGAAGUCAUUGUCUCGUACUUUCGUUGAACUUCUUGCUAUACAUGUCGCAAACCCAGUAUACCCAACAUGUUGUCCUGUGACAUGUUGGAACAAAGCUUCUGAAGAUUUCAGAGAAAUGCAUAUCAUGAGAACAAAAAAUAUUUUGCCAUACAUAAAUUUCUAUUUAAUGAAAACAAAAUGAUUCCAGGCUGUAUAUAUAUGCUAGGGGGAAUAUCUAAUGAAGUUGAUUCACAUGGUUGGAACUUUCAGAAAUUCUAGAAAAUAUUAAAUGUAUAUUUAUUGUAUAAGAGAGGUUAUAAAUUUUAUUUGGCAAAAAUCAGUGGCGAACAGUUUGCAAAUUAUUUAGGGUGCAGGGGGGUGGAUAAGGUUGUCCGGAAAUUUUAGUUCUUUAAACUCUGUUGCCUUAAAGUUCAUGCAAUAUAUAACCAAAUUAUUGUUACAGCUUUGUUCACAAUUAUUCAAUAAAUCACCUAUCAUUCAAAAGCUUUCAGAAAUUAUUAAGGAGGGGCCAGUUGCUCCCCCCCCCCCCCCCCCCCCCCCCCCCCCCCCCCCCCCCCCCUGUGUCUGCCACUGCCAGAAAUAUGGCCCUACUCAUCCUUGUUUAGUCAUUAUUCCCCUAGUGUUUAUUAUUACUUGCUGAUUUUGGACAGUUUCCCGUUUCCGUACCUAUAGGCUGGGCUGAGCAUUGCAUGUAUACACCUCAAUUCAAAGUG